ACAGCGCUGAUCUCCUAGUGGAUGACCUCAAUUACUCAGUGUCUGAGCUUUCGGAUGAUUCACAUCAUAUGGCAAUCCACAUAAGUCGGUAUCCGAAAACACAAAGUCUUUGACUCUUCACGAUCGACGAUGGGGCUGGCGGCCCGAGGUGCACGUUGCAACAGAGGGUUCAAGAUGAUUAAGCUAGGGCUGCUUUACGGCUGCUUGGCACCUCCUCACUCACAAUGAUCGUCCUGCCACCUCCAGACCUCAGGUUCCCCUCUCUGUUACACACGUACCAUAAGCUAGAGUGCGGGUAUUUCAAACAGAAGUUCUUGUGUUCCUAGCCAUACCUCCCCAUACACACCACCGAAGAACAGCCAACCCCAAGCCCACUGUUUCCUUCCACAAUGGCUUUAUUAAUCAGUCCCGUUCUAUUCGUCACAGCCAUCCUGUUCCUCGUAUACAAGCUCGCCCUCCACCCGGCACUUCUUUCGCCGUUGGCAAAGAUACCCAAUGCCCAUUGGUCGGUGCCUUUCUCACGCCUCUGGGUGCUGUCCAUCCGUUUCAACCACAAGGAAAACAGGACUCUUCAGGCGGCCCACCGAAGGCUCGGACCAGUCAUCCGUGUGGCCCCUAAUGAGCUGAGCAUCGAUGACACAGACAGUCUCCGCACAGUCUACCAAGGGGGCUUCGAGAAGCCUUCUUGGUAUUCCGUUUUUGAUAACUAUGGAGUCCCCUGCAUGUUUUCAACUCGUUCCUCGCGGGAACAUUCGCUGAGGAAGCGGAUGAUAUCAAAUGUCUACUCCAAGUCCUACAUACAGGCCUCUGGAGCGUCCUCUGAACAGGCCCAUAUCAUAUUGUUUGACAGGCUGAUCCCCAUUCUCAAGGCGUCCGGCAACGAGGCCAGCGCCUCUCAUGGCUUGGACGUUCAUUCCACGUUCCUCGCCGCCACCAUGGACUUCAUCUCUGCUUAUAUCUUCGGCAUCCAGAAUAGUACCAACUUCUUGGAUAACGAGCCAUAUCGGGAGCAUUGGCUUGAUCUUUACAAAUCCCGGAAUGACUACGGGAUCUAUGACCAAGAACUCCCCCUUACCACCUCCGUAUGUCGCAAACUAGGUAUUCCGUUCUGUCCCAAGUGGGUCGACUCGGCAAACCAGGAACUUGGCAAAUGGUGUAUUCGUCUUUGUGCGGCAACAUUUGAGCGCCUUUCGACCACAGAGCCCAAGGCUAAGAACCUGGCGAACGAGCCCGUGGUCAUGAGCGCGCUGCUCUCUGGUCUGGAAAAGGAAGAAGCCAUCAAGGGGGAGGCGUCCAUCAUCUACGAGACAGCCAUAAAGCACCACGAGCUAUCAGUGGCCUCGGAGCUCUUCGACCACGUCCUCGCGGGCCAGGAGACAGCAGGCGUGACCCUGACAUACCUGACCUGGAGGCUCUCCCAGUCGGAAUCCCUCCAGCGAGAGCUCAAAGCCGAGCUCCUGGGCCUCGAGCCGAGCAUGCAGCUCAGAGACGACGGAACAGCAUCGCUCCCCGACCCGAAGCAGCUGGACGGGCUCCCGAUCCUCCACGCAGUCAUGAUGGAGACCCUGCGCCUCCACGCUCCGAUUCCCGGCCCGCAGCCGCGGCAGAGCCCGUUCCCCUCGAGUCAGCUGGGUGCUUACCACGUCCCGGGCGGCGUCAGGGUCGCGGCCCUGGCGCACACCCUCCACCGGAACGAGCGCGUCUUCCCGGACCCCGAGAGGUGGGACCACACGAGGUGGUUGGCGGCGGGGGUCAGCGAGGAGGAGAGGAAGGAGCGCAAUAGGCACUUCUGGGCGUUUGGCUCGGGUGGGAGGAUGUGUAUCGGAUCCAACUUUGCGGUGCAGGAAAUGAAACUCAUAGUCGCGGCUAUUUACUCCAACUUUACGACCCAUAUCGUGGAUGAUGAUGGUGUUGCUGACCAGGGGGAUGGAUAUACUGCCAGGCCGUCCAAGGAACGCCUGUACCUGCGUUUCGAAUCGGUCAAAUAAAUCACCGUUGUUGUCUCUCUGAGAUGCACAUUGACUCCCCGUGGGAAAAGCUGUUGGCCAGUGUUGUAGAUACAAGGAAGAGAAAUGCUCCGAACAAGGCUCUUCCAGCACUCAAAAGCUUUUUAUCUGACCUGUUAAUGAGGCCUAGAAAAUCGUAGCAAGGUGAAUUAUACGAUUGAGCACUCUCGAAAGAAAAUAUAUUGUAGUACAGUAUGAGACACUUUGCUGUCCAAAAGAACAAGCAGACAGGUGCGGCGCUGGAAGACCC